AUGUCGACAUGUCUCAUUGGCAAUCGGGUUCAUGUCGAAGACAAGCAUCUAGGAGACAAAUCUCCAGCAACUCUUGAGGAUCCGUCUCUGGUUGCCGGCGAAGACGAAGCAGGGAAGUUUCUCAAAAAUGCCGAUACCCAGACUAUCAUCUCUCAAGCCACAGGAGCAGACUACAAGGCUUUAGUCCGCAAACUCGACAAACGACUCAUACCCAUACUAUUCUUCACUUACGCCUUGCAAUGUAUCGACAAGAGUUGUUUGGGCUAUGCGAGCGUCUUCACUCUGUCAAAGGACCUACAUCUUCAUGGGAAACAAUACUCUUGGCUGUCCUCAUUGUUCUACUUUGGAUACCUUGUCUGCGAAUACCCCACCACGCUACUCUCUCAAAAGUUUCCCAUGGGUCGAUUCAUCGGUGUUGCUAUUGUGGCCUGGGGAGGAAUCCUCAUUGCUACCGCUGGAGCACACAACUUUGCAGGAAUGGCAGUCUUACGAUUUAUCUUGGGUGGCUUCGAGUCCUUAAUUACCCCCACGUUCAUUUUGAUUCAAGCUUUGAGAACCGGGGCAUGGGCUGCUGCGAACGGUUUCGGCUCUAUGGUCGGCGGUAUCAUCGCUUUUGGCAUGGGUCACGUCAACAGUGGUAUUGCUGGCUGGAAAUGGAUCUUUGUAAUUAAUGGACUUAUCACGGUUGUGUGGGGAGUAAUUGUGUUCCUACUCUUGCCCCCAUCACCUAUGUACGCAAAGUUCCUCACCGAAGAGGAACGUGUCCUAGCUGUACAUCGAAUUCGAAAUAACAAAACCGGUAUCUUGAAUAGACAAUUGAAGUGGAACCAAGUUCGAGAGGCCUUGGAUCCCUUCAAAGAUCCUCAAGGAUUGUUACUGUUCCUUACAAUCUUCUGUAACGAAGUGCUCAAUGGUGGAUUUGGAGCUUUCGGCACUCUUACCAUUGCCAGUUUUGGUUUCACCUCUUUGCAAUCCACCUUAAUUUAUAUCCCACAAGGCUUCAUCAACAUGGUUUGCAUUCUGCUCGGAGGGUGGUUGGCCCAGAGGAUUCCCGAUGGACGUAUCUACGUCUCGAUUGGAAUGUUGGUUCCCACGUUCAUCGGAUUGCUUCUGCAAAUCGUGCUACCUCGAUCCAACGUGGCUGGAUUAUUGACUGGAGUUUACCUGUUCCCACCAUUCGCAUCCUGUCUCUUCAUUUGUUUGGCAUUGCCCGGUGUCAACAGUGCUGGUUACACCAAGCGUAUCACUUUAUCUUCGUACGCUUUCUUCGGUUACGCUUUGGGUAACAUCAGCGGUCCAUUUAUGGUGAAGACCGGUGAGGUACCAGCCUAUCGAUCUGUAUUCAUAGCCGAUAUUAUCUGCAUCGGGCUUCAAGCCGUAUUCCUUAUCAUCCUGAGAAUCUACUACGUCCGGGAAAACAGACGAAGAGACAAGCUUCUCGCUGAGGGCCAGCCACAAAACAGUCCUGAAGACGAAUUUGCAGACAAAACCGAUCUUCAGCUACCGGGUUUCCGUUAUGUUAGCGAAUCGAAGACUCGUGAGUUGCUGGGCGAGCAUGGAAGGGAGUCAAGAGUUGGUGUUGGGUUGCGAGAGUAUAUAUAG